AGCGCGACCUAACAACUUCUUCGAAGAGUCCUCACUAGUCAUGAGCUACGCCGGCCACCCUCUCUCUCUUUCCCGUUUGACUUCACCGCCGUUUCCCCUCCUUCCUCCGCCGACCACCGCCGUGUUCUCCGCCGCCACCGGUUACACUCCUCCUUUCACUCCGGUUAAAUUCCAAAGGCUGUCUCUUCUUCGGCGUUCAGCCAGCCGAGAUAACUACAUCGGAAACGGCGGUGGCGGUGCUGGUGGAAACGGUAAAAACAACGGAGGUAGUGGCGGCGGCUAUUGGUGGAGCAAUUUCUUUAAUUUUGAUAAGAGAAGAUCUCUUCUCCUCCUUCCUAUUUUUAGAAAUGAAGAUACUUUUAUCGAUUCCGUAUUAUCGUGUAAACCAUUGUUAUUGUUCCUUGUAUCAGCUUCUUCUUCAAUUACUUGCUGCUUACUGUUAGCUUCAUUUGUACAAGCAAAAACUAAUAAUGGAGAAAUUGUGUAUGAAAUUAGAGGAGGAAAACGGUCUGAACUUGUGCCAGAUUAUUCAAAGGAUGAAUUUGUUCUUACUAAGACAAUGUGGUCACGGUUAUGGCCUGAUUCGACAUCGGGGAGUUUUGUUUCCAAUUUGUGGAUGCAAUGCAAGGAAUUAACAACGACUUUGUUUCUUCCUGAGGGAUUUCCGGAGAGUGUUACAAGUGAUUACUUGGAGUAUGCUCUUUGGAGAGGGGUUCAAGGUGUUGCUGCACAAAUUAGUGGUGUUCUUGCAACUCAGGCUUUGCUUUAUGCUGUUGGAUUAGGGAAAGGGGCUAUUCCUACUGCUGCUGCUAUCAAUUGGGUGCUUAAGGAUGGCAUUGGAUAUCUAAGCAAGAUUCUUUUGUCGAACUAUGGCAGGCAUUUUGAUGUCAAUCCUAAGAGCUGGAGGCUUUUUGCCGAUCUUUUGGAAAAUGCUGCUUAUGGCCUGGAGAUUUUGACCCCUGCAUUCCCACAUCUGUUUGUUCCUAUCGGAGCUGUUGCUGGAGCAGGGAGAUCAGCUGCUUCCUUAAUCCAGGCUGCUACAAGGAGCUGCUUCUAUGCGGGUUUUGCCGCUCAGAGGAAUUUCGCUGAGGUGAUUGCAAAGGGUGAAGCUCAAGGAAUGGUGAGCAAAGCUAUUGGAAUCAUGCUUGGCAUUGCAUUGGCUAAUUGCACCCGCUCCUCUACAUCUCUUGCUCUUGCCUCUUUUGGAGUGGUAACUUGGAUCCACAUGUUCUGUAAUCUGAAGUCAUAUCAGUCAAUUCAACUGAGGACUUUAAAUCCUUAUCGCGCAAGUCUAGUCUUCAGUGAAUAUCUGCUCAGUGGUCUAGUUCCUUCUGUUAAAGAGGUCAAUGAUGAGGAGCCCCUUUUUCCAGCUGCUAUUUUAAAUCUAAAGGCAGCAUAUGAGACACAAACAGAAGUGCUUUCUGUUCAUGCUAAGCAAGCAGCUGCAGGGAUUUUGCGACGGUUGCAGCUGGGUUCUAAACUUUCUGAUGUUGCUACAAGCCAAGAAGAUGUGCUUGCUCUGUUUGAACUGUAUAAGAAUGAAGGUUACAUUUUGACUGAGCAUGAAGGAAGAUUUUGUAUUGUACUGAAAGAAAGUUCAUCACCACAAGAUAUGUUGAAGUCAUUGUUUCAUGUCAAUUACCUGUAUUGGUUAGAGACAAAUGCAGGAAUCAAGUCAAGCAGUGUAGCUAAUGACUGCAGGCCUGGGGGAAGGCUUCAGAUGUCUUUGGAGUAUGUUGAGAGAGAGUUUAACCAUGUCAAAACUGAUGGUGAGGUAGCAGGUUGGGUAACUGACAGUCUCAUCGCGAGGCCUUUGCCAAUUCGGAUUCGCUUGGAUUAUGCAGCUGUAUCUUCUGUUGCAGAAGGUUGAUCGUAUAUCACAAGACACAGUUCCUCUGAACAAGCUCUUAUUUUCCCAGCUUAAGUCAACCUUUCAUACCCUGUAUAGCUGCCAAACCAUCAUGAUGGGUUCACUUUGGAUUUGCAUCUGCAUGCAGAAGUGCUUGAAAACAAUUGGUAAAACCCAUUAGAGUGACUGUACAAUGAGCUUGAAAUGCUGUCUUGGAUCAAUAAUUGGACAAUGCAGUACGCUGGUUUUGAAUGGGGUGAGUAUCCGAAUCUGUUUCUGGAUGCUUGAUUUCAUUGCUGCUCAUUGUUUGCUAUUCUGACAAUAGCUUUGAAGUUCCAUUGAUCUUGAGUCUACACUGCAACAUGUGGAGCUUCUCCUCCUUCAUUCUUUUAUGAUUUAGUUAUCUUCUUACACCUAUUUUCCUGUAAGUAAGUUUACACCUAGAGGCCAGAGCAAACACUUAACUCUAUCGAAAAAAACAAAAACAAAAACUGCACUCUAGAAUCUCCAUCAAGUUGGUGUCGCGGGUGAGAUUUGGUAGGAUAUUCUGUUUCCCUGCAGCAUAAUGGGAGAUGGAUGAAGUAGUCGAGUUUGGUCGCCAUUUUUGCACUGUUACCUUCAAUUUUUUGUGCUAAUGAACGAGCAUGUUCGUGUUAACGACUUGUAGUUUUAUUGAACUUUUGCAUACAAGCUAGAUUUUGGAUUAUAAUUUGGUGAGAUAGAUGGUGAAGAUCUGUAUCUCAUUUUGGUGACUGUAUAGCUCAUAUGAUGUUAUUUUGUGACCAAUUUUAAAGUUACCCUACCAAAUUUGAAUAUGUUU